AAUCAAAGAGUAAAGUGAUUUAUGAUUACAAUGGAGUUUAUCUGUUAGUAUCUACAAAAAUGUUCAACAAAGUUUUCCAACGCGCACUAAAAUUUCGAUUGAAAAAGACUUAUCCUACGAACAUCUAUGAUCUGUCUCGGGGUUCUGCUGUGGCUGUGAAGCGGCCGUACAGCGACGAAGUCCGCAGAGCACACGAAACGACCACUACGAUCGGGCCCACAAUAUUCGACAAGAUCAUAUCUAAGGAGAUCAGAGCCGAUAUCAUAUACGAAGAUGAUUUAUGUCUUGCUUUUAACGACAUAGCACCGCAGGCGCCAGUACAUUUUCUUGUUAUUCCAAAGCGUAGAAUAGCAAGGUUGCAGGAUGCGGAGAACAACGACAACGAGCUGCUAGGUCACUUGAUGCUGGUAGCCCGGUCACUCGGUGCCCAAAGAGCUCCUUCAGGAUGGCGUCUUGUGGUUAACAAUGGCAAAGACGGAGCUCAAAGUGUUUAUCAUCUACACCUUCAUGUUCUGGGUGGAAGACAGAUGGGCUGGCCACCUGGGUAAGCUAUAUUAAUUGCUGUAAACUCUGGCUGAAAAAGAUGCAUAAAAUUGGGUGUUUUCUAUUAUUUAACCCCUUUUUAAUAUAAAAUUAUAAUUCACUGUUUUCAAGAUGAAACCAGUCCCUCUCAGUCUACAUUAAACAUGAUUACUGUGCAACAUAUUAUCAUGUUGUUUGUUGUUCUAAUGCUGAGUGAAAGAAAGACAAACAACAUACACAAUGACAGCUAUAAAUAUAUUGUAUACGUCACUGAUGUGUGUCAAUAUUCAAUAUGAUA